CUCUUUCUCUCCCUCUCUCUCUCGUAUUCUCCUCCGGUCUCUGGACCCCACAUUCUCUCCGCCCCCUCACCCGCAAAGCUCCACCAUUUUUUGGCCUGCUCUCUGCCGCGCCGGGUGUCCACCAUUCGCCCCUCCCUCACCACGGCUGUCCUCCCCCCCCGGCCCCGCCCCCAGCCGCCGCAUCCCCCCGCCGUCGCCAUGGCGGCCACGGCCCGGGAGCACCUGCUGGUGGUGCGGCGGCGGAGCCCGCAGAUGCGCUACACGCUGAGCCCGGAGAACCUGCAGAGCCUGGCGCCGCAGAGCGGCGGGCCGCCCGAGACGCUGGGCCUGACCCGCGCCAACAGCGACACCGACCUGGUCACCUCCGACAGCCGCUCCUCCCUCACCGCCUCCACCUACGAGUUCACCCUGGGCAGGGCCCCCAACCUCAUCAUCUCCUGGGACAUCAAGGAGGAGGUGGACGCCACCGACUGGAUCGGCCUGUACCACAUCGAUGAGAACUGUCCUGCCAAUGUGUGGGACUCUAAGAAUCGCGGGGUGAACGGGACACAGAGGGGCCAAAUCGUAUGGAGGCUCGAACCCGGGCCCUACUUCAUGGAGCCUGAAACGAAGAUCUGCUUUAAGUACUACCAUGGAGUGAGUGGGGCCCUAAGGGCCACAACACCCUGCAUCACCGUCAAGAACCCGGGCGUCCUGGCUGGAGAUGAAGGCCAAGCACAAGGCCAGUCAGUGAUGGAGCACUGUCGCAAACUCGUCAGUUUUACUUUGUCAGAUAUCCGUGCUCUGGGGCUGAAGAAGGGCAUGUUCUUCAACCCUGACCCCUACCUGAAGAUGUCCAUCCAGCCCGGCAAGAAGAGCAGCUUCCCCACCUUCGCUCACCAUGGCCAGGAGAGACGAGCUUCCAUCAUCGCCAACACCACCAACCCCGUCUGGCACGGAGAGAAGUACACCUUUGUGGCUCUGGUAACAGACGUCUUGGAGAUUGAGGUGAAGGACAAGUUUGCCAAGAGCCGGCCAAUCAUCAAGCGCUUCCUGGGUCAGCUGACCAUCCCAGUGCAGAGGUUGCUGGAGAGGCAUGCGGCUGGGGACCAGCCGUUGAGCUACACCCUGUGUCGCCGUUUGCCCACUGAGCAUGUGAGCGGCCAGCUGCAGUUCCGCGUGGAGAUCACCUCCACAGGACACGAAGAGGCAUCCCCGGACACCAUGGGCUCACUCCUGGGGGCGGCGGCCAUGAACGGAGACCCGGGGAGCCCCUCAGACGACGAAGACCUGCCCCACCCUCCCCCCGGGGCCGGCCGGGGCCCCUCUCCCACAGGCUCGGCGGAUUCCUUUCCGGGCGACGGUGCGCGGAACGGGGAGGGCGGAGCCGAAGGGCGAGAGGAUGAGGAUGGGGGCGGAGCGGAGGGGGGCGGAGCCGAGGGAGGGGUCCCCAGCCACCACACGCUGAGGCAGGUGUCGCUCAACGACUACCUGGACGCCAUCGAGGCCCCCAAGGGCCCCGGGGAGCGGCCCCUGGGGGCGGCCUCGCCCAAGCUGCGGUCCAGCUUCCCCACGGACACGCGGCUCAGCGCCAUGCUGCACAUCGACUCGGACGAGGACGAGGAGGGGGCGGGGCGCGAUGGCGCCGCCGCUGAGGAGGCGGGGCUGCCAGUGCUCAACGGGGCUGCCUCCGCUGCUGCUGAGGGGCCCUCGGACGUCUUCUACCUUUCAGAGGACGAGCAGCAGGAGGCGGAGCUGCAGAAAGGGGAGGGGCCUGAGACGGAGGGAGGGCCUACUGAGCCAGAAGCCGCCACCCCUGGCCAUCUCGCUACAGUCCAGGAGGGGGUGGAAGAGGGCCAGGAGUCUGACCCGGGACAGGCAAGCGGGGCGUCUCAGGGGCCCCCCUGCUGUCCUUCGAGUAGCGGGCGCCACCCAUUGUCCCCCACAAAGGAGGAAGACGAAGGGGGGGCAAUGGCAUCCACAGACCCAGGAGGAGGGGUCAUUGCCAAGACCACGCCCACCACAGGUGAUGUGGCAGAUGAGGGGGGCGGGGCCUGCGGGGUUGAAGUGACGGGGGAAGCAGGCUUAGUCAAUGGAGAAGAGGAGGGGGAGGAGAUAUGGCAGAGGAGGCGGAGCCUGCAGGCAUCUGGGGGCGUGUCCCAAGAGGAAGAGGCGGGCACGUUAGCAACAGGAGGGUCAGUGGACUCGGGAGGGCACAGUGCCACUGAGACAGACGGAGAGUCAGGUGCGCAGGUGAAUGGCCACCAGCCCAUGCGCUCCCUCCCCUCCGUGAGACACGACAUCAGCCGCUACCAGAGAGUGGAUGAACCUCUGCCUCCUAACUGGGAGGCACGGAUCGACAGCCACGGGCGUAUUUUCUACGUGGACCACGUGAACCGGACCACCACCUGGCAGAGGCCCACCGCUCCGCCCGCCCCCCAGGUCCUGCAGCGCUCCAACUCCAUUCAGCAGAUGGAGCAGCUCAACCGCAGGUAUCAGAGCAUCCGCAGAACGAUGACCAGUGAGAGGUCAGAGGAGCAGGUUGAGAUUCCCCCUGAGGAGCCUGACUUGAUGCAUCACACCAUCCCUGAGUACCGGAGGGAUGGGGCGGUUGGCGGCUCCAGCUCCCGGUCCCGCCUCAGCCUCCUGCUGCAGUCUCCGAGCGCCAAGUUCCUCACCAGCCCUGACUUCUUCACCGUACUGCAUUCCAACCCUAGUGCCUACCGCAUGUUUACAAGCAACACCUGCCUGAAGCACAUGGUCAGCAAGGUGCGGCGCGACACCCACCACUUUGAGCGCUACCAGCACAACCGCGACCUGGUCACCUUCCUCAACAUGUUCUCCAACAAGCAGCUGGAGCUGCCGCGUGGCUGGGAGAUGAAGCACGACCACACCGGCAAGCCGUUCUUCGUUGACCACAACUGUCGGUCCACGACGUUCAUCGACCCGCGGCUCCCCCUGCAGAGCGCGCGGCCCAGCAGCCUGCUGGCGCACCGGCAGCACCUGACCCGCCAGCGCAGCCAUAGCGCCGGGGAGGUGAGCACCCGGCGCCUGGUGGGUGAUGACCCUCGCCACUCUGCCCCCCCGGUAAUCCCCCGCCCCUCCAGCACUUUCAGCACCGUCAGCCGCAGCCAGUGCCAGGACCUGGUGCCCGUGGCCUAUAAUGACAAGAUAGUGGCGUUUCUACGGCAACCUAACAUCUUUGAGAUCCUCCAGGAGAGGCAGCCAGAGCUGAUCCGGAACCACUCGCUCAGGGAGAAGGUGCAGUUCAUCCGCAGUGAGGGAGUAUCUGGCCUGGCUCGUCUCUCCAGUGAUGCAGACCUGGUCAUCUUACUCAGCUUGUUUGAAGAGGAAGUGAUGUCAUAUGUGCCACCCCACGCCUUACUGCACCCCAGCUACUCUCAGUCUCCCCGUGGAUCCCCCGUGUCAUCUCCACAGAACUCCCCUGGUACCCAGAGAGCCAACGCCCGUGCACCCGCCCCCUACAAACGAGACUUCGAGGCCAAACUCCGCAACUUCUACCGCAAACUGGAGACCAAGGGAUAUGGUCAGGGCCCAGGCAAGCUCAAGCUGAUCAUUCGCAGGGACCACCUCCUGGAGGACGCCUUCAACCAGAUCAUGUGCUACUCCCGCAAGGACCUGCAGCGGAGCAAGCUCUACGUCACCUUUGUGGGGGAGGAGGGGCUGGAUUACAGCGGCCCCUCUCGGGAGUUCUUCUUCCUGGUCUCGCGGGAGCUCUUUAACCCGUACUACGGCUUGUUUGAGUAUUCGGCCAAUGACACCUACACCGUGCAGAUCAGCCCCAUGUCCGCCUUCGUGGACAACCAUCACGAGUGGUUUCGGUUCAGUGGCCGUAUCCUGGGUUUGGCACUGAUCCACCAGUACCUGCUGGACGCCUUCUUCACACGGCCAUUUUAUAAGGGCCUGCUACGCAUACCUUGUGACCUCAGUGACCUGGAGUAUCUGGAUGAGGAAUUCCACCAGAGCCUGCAGUGGAUGAAGGAUAAUGACAUCAACGACAUGUUGGACCUCACCUUCACUGUCAACGAGGAAGUCUUUGGACAGAUCACAGAGCGUGAGCUGAAACCAGGCGGAGCCAACAUUCCUGUGUCGGAGAAGAACAAGAAGGAGUACAUUGAGCGCAUGGUGAAGUGGCGCAUUGAGAGGGGUGUGGUCCAGCAGACGGAGAGCCUGGUGCGGGGUUUCUACGAGGUGGUGGACGCGCGGCUGGUGUCGGUUUUCGAUGCCCGGGAGCUCGAGCUGGUCAUUGCUGGGACAGCGGAGAUCGACCUGGCAGACUGGAGAAAUAACACAGAAUACAGAGGAGGUUACCAUGACAACCACAUAGUGAUUCGCUGGUUCUGGGCAGCAGUGGAGCGAUUCAACAAUGAGCAGAGGCUGAGACUCCUGCAGUUUGUGACAGGCACCUCCAGUAUUCCCUAUGAGGGGUUCGCCUCCUUGCGUGGCAGUAACGGACCUCGCAGGUUUUGCGUGGAGAAGUGGGGCAAAAUCACCUCCCUACCCAGGGCUCACACAUGCUUCAACCGCCUGGACCUUCCGCCAUACCCCUCCUUCUCCAUGCUGUAUGAGAAGAUGCUGACGGCUGUGGAGGAGACAAGCACCUUUGGCCUGGAGUGACAUCCCACCCUCCCCAUCUGGCCUGUGCCCUCUGCCCCCUGGUCUCCAUGGAAGCCCCAAUCUCCAACUGACCACACACUCUGAAACACUGACCGCACGCACUCACACACUGACCACACGCGCUGGCAUACUGACUGCACAUACAGACACCGACACCCUGCCCAUGCACAAACACUGACCACACUACACAGACAAACUGGCUGCACCCCCUAAAGCCCUGGCCAUACCACUGACAAACUAAAAAUGCACACACAUCAUGCUCUGAAGCACUAGCCGCACACAAAAUACACAAUUGCUGACAUGCAAUGCGUACGACACACAGACAGGGUGCGUUUGUCACCUAUCAGGAGCGCGCGCGCUUGCGCUGAACAGAAGCACAUGCAGGCGCAUCUCACAGCCUCAUCCUGCUCGAAUACGGAGGCGGGCACAAUGAAAAGUAGGCCACACCCCCUGAGCGUCGAACUCUCACCCGUGACCGCGCCUACUCAGGUCUGUCGGGGAACUGGGUGGGAAGAAGGGGUCGAGCCUGAAAAGUGGCCUCACGGGACCCCAACAAACCCUCCCCGAUAGCACUUACCUCCGCUUUCCAUCGCCCUGGAUAUCCAAUGGGAGCCAUGGAUGAAGCUCUUCCCACCAAUCAAAAGAGGUCAAGGAAAGAAACAACAAAAAAAGAAACAAAAGUAUAAAAAAACAGUACAAAAACAUGAAUGAAUAAACACAGACUCAUGUUUUAAUAUUUAAAAUAUGAAUUUCCAAAGGAUUAUAUUAGACUCGUUGGGAGUGUAGGAGAGACCCCUGGCCUUUUCCUCUCGGGAUUAAAGAUAUGCCUUUGCUAUGGAGGGUUACAAUCACGACCCGCACAGGACGUCCCAUCUGUAGAUAGGCUGCAGUGUUCUGUGGCUGGGAUUCGUGUUGACUGGACUGCUGUACUGGGGACACACAGUUCCCUCAUCCCCCACACACACAGUGGACGAUGAACAAGUCAAACCAAGUUUUGAACUGAUGCCCAUUUGGGGACAUAAUUUCCCCUCUUUGGACUGUUCAGGUGCACACUCUCACGCACUCCCACACACAAAUGUUCACAGAUUCCAAAGUAGGAAAAGGUAUGAGUUCUAUAUGCUUAUCAACUGUUUCUUUUCUACCUACAGUAAUAACAUGACUGAGUGAUAUGCUAUGUUAUUAGCGUUUGUGAUGUCUUGAAAGCUUUAAGAAGCUUCAGGACAAUCAAUUUACAAGUACUCCAUAGCAGUUAGGCUUGGAUAUAUGGCCCAUUAUCAAUCAAACCAAUCUCUUUUGCUGCCAUUGAAUGACAGUACCUUUGCAAAUUUAGGGUAGAUUGUUUUUAUUGUUUUUAUCAACUCGUUAACGUCAAUUGUUUAUCACAGUGCUCAGUGGCUUUUUAUAACAAUGGAUUAUCACAGUGCUCAGUGGAUUUAUGCAGCGAGUAGGAGACUCAGUCGCUGUUGUAAUGUGCAACAAUCUACUAUCUCUCAUUAUCAGGCCUGACAACAGAAGUAUAAGAAUGAAGCACUGUCAUAGCUUUUAUUAGUGUUGGUUGUUAUGGAUGUAUAACUAUGAGUUGUUAUCACGUUCCUUAUUUCCUCUUUUGAAAGUCUAUGUAACAUGAACAGAAGCCGAAGAUCCGGCAUGCUGCACACACAUGCACGACACAAGAACACGUGUCCCAUUUGUGCACUUCUAAAUACACGCUCACACACACACACACAAAUGGGCAUGCCGCAUGCACACACACACAGACGCACUCUCUCGCUGGUGUAAUGGCCAAGCUUUUGAUGAAUGUGAAACAAUCACCCGUGAAUGUUUAAUGAAGGCGUUAAAAGUGAAGUUUGGAAGGGUGGGGAGUGGGGGAGGGGCAGUGGUUUGACUGACCUGGGAGGUCUCUCCAGCUGGGCUGCUGGUGGGGGGAGUGGGCAAGCACUAUACCUCGGGAUGGGACUGCCCCCCUGCACCUCAGAGGACCCAUCCCACUGUCCACGUGAACAAGAGGGCAAACUAGGGUGCCCGACGCCUGUAAUGCCCUUUGUCUGCACUCUGGAGAGUAGUUCUGUGGGUAUGGCCAGUCCAAGAAUUGACCCUCAGAAGAUUUUUAUACUGUUAACAGUGACAAAGCUAUAAACUUGUGGGACAUGCUCCCUGCUUUGAGGAUUAUUUGCAGAGCAUUUUUUUCUACUCUUAAAACAGUUGUGACUAAUAUUAAUUUAAUAAUAAGAGCUGCAAAUUGAUUGUUUCUUUCCUGUUGGUUUGCGCAUUUAAGGCUUAUUUCAUGAAGAUUUGGGCAUCCCCUAGUGGUGUGUUCACACACACGCUCUGCUCACAUGCAGUGGAUACGCCCCUUCUGUGAGGAAGGGGUCGCCACGGGUCAGUCCCCCACAUGGGACAUUGGCCCUGCCCCCUCCAUCACCCCAGUCUCUCCUGCGCAGAGGCCUUUUUAGGGGGUUCCCCUCCCGCUGGGAGAUUUCAUACUUGUAGGAUUUGUCCUCCAUUUGCUGUUGCUUCUCAUGCCCCCUUUAUUCAGUAAGGCCCCUGUGUGUGUGUAUGUGUGUAUGUUGUCUGCAUGUGUGCGUGUGCGUGUGUGUGUGUGUGCGUGCCUGCAUGCACGUGUGUGUUCCUACGAGUCCAUGUGCUUAUGAGUGUGUGUGUGUCGGAGCGGUCAUGUGUUGGUAGCUGUGUGGGUGUGUGAGUGUACUUCAGAUACACAGGUUGUGAUGUACAGGAUCCUGCUUCCUCCAUCUGCACUUGAACAAGCAACUUUUAUAUUCCAACUCCUCAGAUUUUUUACUGCAUGCAGGUCUGUUGUGUUACUCUGUGAAGUAUACCACCAAUAGGAGUGCUGGAGGUGAGAGGGGCGGGACAAUGGGUGGCAUCAUAAAAUGCCCCUCCCCUUCUUUCAGCAGACCAAAGCUACUGGACUAUGGUGUGUUUUAUAGCUUAUAAUGCAUGCUGGAGGAAUAGCAACACACAGUUCUGAGUAGCUCUUUCAGGGAGAUAGGGGCUUGAUCAUACAUACUCUCCCUGUUUCCCCCAUCAACUGUAUCCAUCUUUCUGUUCAAGGGGUGAGAGGUCAUGGGUCACAGGACAAGGCUAAUGAGAACGCUCAAAUACGUGCUCAGAUUUGAAAAAAAAGUGAGGGAAACUGUAAGUUUUACAUGUCUCUGUUUCUGUAUGUUUGUAUAUAAUUGUAUAGAAGCCUCUGUCCAGUCCUGUGUAAAUAUUUGCACUGAAUGUACCAAAGGUUUGGGGCUGGCUUAGACUCCCCAAGUCUCUCUGUAUCUCUCUCUCUCUCUCUGCCUCUCUCUCUCUCUCUCUCUCUCUCUCUCUCUCUGUGCACCCUGUCCUGACACCCCUCCUUCCUCCAUGUAAGCCAGCCUGGCUUCACCUCAUCCAACAUUUAGGGCACCUCAUGAGCAUGGACGGUCUCCCCCGCCUUCACUAGUUGGUUCAGGCAUCCCACCUGCAGCUCUCUUUCCCCGUUUGGUUUGCUCCCCCUGUUCAGGGAAGUCCACACCAGCCUCUCCCAACAUGAAGGCCUUGAUCCGUGGACCUCGGCGGUCCGCAGCGGGUCCGAGUGCCCAGCUCCGGACCGGCCUGUGCCGAGAACCGGCAGGGUUUGUGUCACACCUGUGUCAGAGCUUCACUCUAUGCAAAGCAUUUUCCUCCAUCUCACACUUAUGAUUGUAAACAUGGAACACGAGUUUUAAAAAGAACAUGUCUGCUGUGUUUCUUUUGUCAUUUCAGCUGGCUUGAGGUGGAGGCGGAGGGGACAGCAGGGUGGAUUUAACCAUUCUGCUCUUUAGGGUUGCCAUCUGGGGAUCAUAAAACAGGGUUAAGAGAGACUGAUAUAUCCAUCAUACCAGAGCCCAUAGCCUUCAUUUGUUAGCAUAGAUUGUUUACUUCUAGUUGGACAGCAGUAAGCGGAUAUGUUGCAGUCUGUCUUAACCCUGUUCAUUUAACUUUGCCAUCUCCUAGGAAAUGUGAGGUGGCCCAUUUAGGUCACCAAAGGCAAGUGGUGUCUCACUGUGAUGUUUCUUAAGGUUAUAUAAAACAGUUCUAUCAAACU